GUCAGCUUCAGCUCCCAGGAGUACAUCCAUCUCUACACGUCUUACCCUCAAUGAAGGAGAAGCACGGCCAAUUUCUGCUCAGGGAAUUAGUGCAGAGGUGGAAGAACCACAAGGUGAUGGUCAGGUGGUUGAGCAGGUUCUUCCACUACCUCGACCGCUACUAUGUUUCGCGCAAGUUACUUCUGCCGCUCAGAGAACUCGGCACGACUUGCUUUCAUGAUCUGGUUUUCAGUGAGCUAAAAACAACACUGGCAACUAUUAUUAUUGACAUGGUUGAUCAUGAGAGGGAUGGCCAACUUAUUGACCGUGCCCUUGUCAAGGAUGUCCUUGAUAUCUAUGUUGAGAUUGGCCGCGGUAGUAUGGCUGUUUACGAGCAGGAUUUUGAAGAAGCUUUUUGCAAGGGGACUGCAGAUUACUAUUCUAAGAAGGCACAAACCUGGAUGUUGGAAGACUCUUGUGCUGAAUACAUGUUCAAGGCUGAGGAAUGCUUACAAAAAGAGAAAGAGCGAGUGGCGCAUUACUUGCAUUCUACAACUGAACCAAAGUUGCUACUGACUGAGGAUCUGUCAAGGAUGUAUAGACUCUUUUCUAAGAUGGACGGCGGUCUGUCUCAAGUAUCACAAAUAUUUAAGGAGCAUGUCAAUGAAGAGGGCAUGUCCUUGAUAAAACAUGUAACUGAUGCUGCCAACAGCAGAAAGACUGAGAGGAAGGAAGUAGCAGGUUCGCAGGAGCAGCCUGGAAACUUCCAGGGAAAUUCAUAUGACAUGCUUGCAGAUAUAUAACCAUGCCACAAGGGGAUGUUCUGUUCAGAGCCAUCGUCCUGGCCCCUACCUUCCAAUAGUCUUUUCAGGCAAUUUUCCUCGGCGCAGUGGGGCACAGGCCGACGAGACGGAUGCCCUGACGCAGUCGUUCUCAGCGGAAAUGAGCAUGAGCCACCACCAGGUCACACCAGGGAAAGAUGCCGAGCCACGGCAACCGUUUUGGUUGAUAUUUAUCCAUGCUUGCUUUGUAUUAUGGAUUCAUGGAAAUCCAGAGAUGGAAAUUUUACUACUGGUGUACAGACAAGUUGGGAUGGUCAUGUUCUCUGCUCCCUACUCUUACUGAAGUGGCAAUUCUCCUUGUCAUACAGAGGUCAUUACUUAAUACAUGCGCAAGGUCACUUUCACCGAUGUUUCAGUCUAGAACCGGAAUAUCAGAGCAUGCUCACGUUGGACUCAUGUAUGACAGAUGUUUGGCUCCUAUGGGGUGUUUGACAAAAUUCCAAUCAGGUUGUUCUUAUAUUUUAUUUCAGUCUUCUGAAUUUUGGUUGAGCAGAGACACAGCAUCAUAACUGGGUUGUUUAGUUAACAAAUAUAAGUUCUGAUUAGCACUUAUAUAGACCUAUAUAGUGGCCUUUUGUGGUAACGGCCACAUCUUCUAUCAUCUAUUACUGAAUAUUUCAUUCUACAUAGUAUAGAAGCAAGUUAUGAGCCAGAGGGCGAAGUACCGCAAGGCAAUGAUGGGGCACCAAUAAUGAGAAUUGCCCUGCAUUUAUCCAGUUUGUGCAACAAUCCGUAUAACUAUUGUUUACUAAUUGGAAAAUUAUUUACGCGAGUAUUGCAUUGUAUUGUAUCCUUAAGAAUUAUUUCCCAGUGAUGAUUAAUAUGAGGAUCUAUAUAGUUCUAA